AUAAUAAGAUUUCAACAAUUCCAGAAGCUUUUUUUGAGCAUAUGCUUGGGCUCAAGAUUGUUGAUCUUUCCGAAAAUUGGCAGCUAGGUAGGCUGCCGAGUUCUAUCUCCAAAUUGGAGAAGCUUACUACAUUAUUGCUAUGUGGAUGUGCAUCCUUAAGAGAGGUACCAGCAUUAUCCAACCUUGUAGGGUUAAAAAAGUUGGACCUUUUAGGGACAUCAAUUGAAGAACUACCGCAAGGCCUCAACAUGUUAACAAAUCUAAAAUAUCUUGGUCUUAGUGGAAGAUUAUCUGAAACUCUUGAUGAACCGCUACAAAAUCUCUCCAAACUUCAGCAGUUACUAAUACUUGCCGUCGUUGCCGAUGGCCAUGCCGAAACAGAAUUUAAAUGGGAGACGAUUGGAAUUUGGGGGAAGCUUCAAAACCUUGAGAUGCUGCAUCUUGAUUAUUUGCAUAACUUGAAUAUGGUGUUUGGGGAAGUAGGAGCAAUUGCUGAGUCAGCAUCGCUACCAGCUGGCACAUUUUCCUCUCUUCAAUAUAUUAGUGUUUGGCAUUGUGAUAAAAUAAAGAAGUUAUGCUCGGUAAGGUGGUUGGAAUAUCUCCAAAAACUACAGGCUGUUGAGGUUAGGAAUUGUGAGCAACUGGAGGAGAUAAUUGGGUCUGAAUCUGAAGGAGGAGAAAAAGUCACUCUACCCAAGUUAGAAAGUUUGACAUUGCACAAAUUGCCCCAGUUGAAGACCAUCUAUAGUGGUUCUUUGAUUUGUGAUUCCAUCAAGAAGAUUAAAAUUUCUAGUUCUAAAAAUAUAGAGAGUGUUUUUUGGUCCGGGUUCAACGCAUUUCCAAAUCUUGAAUAUCUGGAACUUAUCAAAUUAAAGGGUCUGAAAUCUAUGUUUGAUGAAGAAGGUCUUGGUUUAUCGCCACAUGUACCUCCCACAAGCUUUUGCUCUCUUAAAGAAAUUAGGGUUAGUGGUUGUGAUCAAUUAAAGAAGGUAUUCUCAUCUGGAUGGCUGCUCCACUACUUCCAAUCCCUAAAGACUAUUGAGGUUUCAAGGUGUUGGCAAAUGGAGGAGCUGAUAUCGUCAUCGGCACAUGAAGAAGAAAAAGUCACUCUACCCAAGUUAGAAAGGUUGGAAUUGACAAGUUUGCCCUUAUUGAAGAGCAUCUGCAGCAGCUCCAGUGUGUUGAUUUGUGAUUCCAUCCAGAGUCUGAGGAUUUUCGAUUGUGAGAGGCUAAAGAGGAUUCCUCUGAAUUUUCCCUUGCUUGAUAAUGCCCAAUCAUCUCAUCCUCCUUCCCUCAAAGAAAUUGUGGUAUUCCCAAAAGAAUGGUGGGAAUCAUUGGAAUGGGACCAUCCCAAUGCAAAAGACAUCCUUUUCCCCUUCUGUAAAUUUCGACAAAGUUGGUGAUAGGGCGCACCGCAAAUCAAUUGGGAUUCGGCUUGGUAACCACAAGAAAGUUGGAGGAAAUCACAUAUGCACUAGUUGCUGUUGCUAUUGGGUUUUCAAUGUAAUAUAAUCUUUGUUUUUCUUUUGCUGUGUGUGUUGUGUGUUUAAAUAUGUCCAAUUUUAAGUGGAAAACUGGAAAUGUUUGUUUUUUUAUUAUCUGUGUAAUGUUGUCUUUGAAAUUGUGUGGGAAAAAGACUUGAAACUGUAUUUGCUUUUCUUGUAAUAUGUAUUUCAAUUUAUUGCAUUUGCAUAUCUCCUCAAAUUUCAUUCAGCAACAUUAUCAUCAUCAACAAAAACCAAGACUUACUUUCAUCAACAAUAGCGGCGCGCUCUGUUACUUUAUAUUCUCAGAAUUGCUCAAGGACUAGCAUUCAGGGUUGAGAUGGAAAGAAUAUUUCCUUCCUGGUUAGAAUUUGAUGCUCUGAGAACUGUGGUUGUCUAUCUGAAUUACUGCACGUCUAUUUGCGAUAGGCUGAGGCAAGGCACAAUGUGGCCUAAGGUUGGAUUGUGUUCAUCAUCACCAUGUCCUCCCAUUUUCAAAUAUGUGAAAGGAAAUUAAUUACAAAUGCCCUGCCACAAUUCUUCAAUGUUCUUUCUAUGUUAAAAAGUCUGUAAUUUGCAUAAUAUAAACUAAUAGAUUAU